AUGACAAGACGAAUCGUGCGUGCCGUCUGCCAGCUCGCGGCGCUCACGGUCUUCUCCAUCGUCGUGGUCUACUUCCUCGACAGCCGCUUCAGAGUCCUUCCUUCUGCCAUCCACAAUGUCAUGCCCGCGCAUCAUCCAGGUCUCAUCAUCACCGACAUCACCGUAACUCAAUGCUCCUCGGUCAAUCUCUUGUCCAGUUGUAAGCUGGACGCGGAUCUUUGGCACCGCAUAGAGAAAGAUUUGUUCUUGGGCAGUGGCUGGGUGUCGAGCGCAUACGUCCACGUACAAAGGAAAAAGGAAGAAGAACUAUUAGCCGACGACAAAGUGAUUCUUGAUGUCAAAGUAGGCCGGCUUGAUCCCAGUUCUGGUCAAAAGGGACAGGAGAAUGAGCGUUGGGAGUCCAGGCCGGGCGGGCUCUGGUUAAAACGAUCCGCGAAGCGCCACGCCAGCGAUUCUGCGAAAGCCAUAACCGCUGUCGAUGUUCUCUUUGGUGCCGAUGCUGUCGAUCCACGACCCGGCUGGGAGACGCUGGAUCAUGCUUUAUUGCUGGAUAAAACUGGCGAAAUCCAAGAGGCUCGCGUCAGUGUCAGGAGGGGCAAGCCAUCACCGCCAGCGAAAGGAAUUCCACGCAUACGUGACAACGGAAAGUUCAAAAUCAUGCAAUUAGCAGAUAUUCAUUUCAGCACUGGAACAGGGCACUGCAGGGAGCCCGAACCAGCAGACUUAGACGGGGGCAAAUGCGAAGCAGACACCCGUACACUUAACUUUAUUGGCCGUUUGUUGGACGAGGAAAAGCCUGAUAUGGUGGUACUGAGUGGCGACCAGGUCAAUGGAGAUACCGCACCCGAUGCCCAAAGUGCCAUAUUCAAAUAUGCAGAACUACUCGUUAAGCGCAAAAUCCCGUACGCCUCUAUAUUCGGCAAUCAUGACGAUGAGAAAACUAUUUCUCGGGCGCAACAAAUGGAAUUAAUCGAAACUUUACCGUACUCCUUGUCUAUGGCCGGUCCUGGAGAUAUUGAUGGUGUCGGGAAUUACUAUGUGGAGGUCAUGUCCAAAGGUUCUUCGAAACACUCCGCGCUCACCAUCUACCUCCUAGAUACCCACGCAUAUUCUCCUGACGAACGAACUUUCAAGGGCUACGAUUGGCUGAAGAAAAAUCAAAUUGAUUGGUUUAAGAAGACAGCAGAUGGUCUCAAAAAGGCGCAUGAAGGGUAUUCGCAUAUUCAUAUGGACUUGGCAUUUAUACAUAUUCCGUUGCCAGAGUACAACAACGCCGAACUACCCAUUGUAGGUCAGUGGAGGGAAGGCGUGACGGCUCCUGGAUUUAAUUCUGGAUUUCGAGAUGCUCUUGUGGAAAAAGGCGUUCUCAUGGUUAGCUGCGGACAUGACCACGCCAAUGAAUACUGUGCUCUCUCACCUGAUGAGACUGGAAAUCCAGCUCUUUGGAUGUGUUAUGGGGGCGGUGCGGGCUUUGGGGGAUAUGGUGGAUAUGGAGGUUACCAUCGUCGAAUUCGAUUUUUCGAUAUCGACAUGAAUGAAGCUCGAAUUACAACGUACAAACGAAUCGAAUACGGAAACGAAUCGGAGUUGGCGAGGAAAAUUGAUGAGCAAAUUAUAGUCGAAGGGGGGAAACCGAAAGGGCUGUAA